AUGUCGUCGGAGGAGCAAGAUAGGAUGGAUAUCGUCAAGAAACAAAGGCAGAGUAUCGCCAAAGAGCUCGAGGAUGGAAAUGUGCAAAAGGAGAAGGCGGCGAAAUUUCUGUUAUCUAUUAUUGAGCAUGUGAAUCUUCAAGCUUCAGUUGUUUUUCGGUUACAGGAUUCGCUACGGACAUUUUUGCUACGAAAACUUGAUACUCUGACUAAGGAUGAUAAAUGCCAAAUCACAAUGAUCUCCAUGUGGGCUGUAGAGCUUUACUUAGACAAGAUAAACCGGUUGCUUUUGGAAGAUGAUGCAGGAAAGCCUGGUAACGGUGUAUCAGAAAUGAACAAAUCUGAGUAUCAGUUAAUUGUACCAGAAUUUCGAGCCUUUCUUAGUGACUGUAAGGAUGUUUUAGAUGAGGCAACAACAAUGGACUUAUUGGAGAGGCACGGUAGAAUUGAUGAGUUGGUCUACUUUGCUGGGCUGAAGGAGCACUAUGAAAUUGUCAUUCACUAUUAUAUUCAGCAAGGUGAAACGAAGAAAGCAUUAGAGGUGCUCCAGAAACCUAAUGUUCCUAUAGAUCUUCAGUAUAAAUUUGCCCCUGAUCUGAUCAUGCUUGAUGCUUAUGAGACUGUUGAAUCAUGGAUGGCUACAAAUAAGCUGAACCCAAUGAAGCUAAUACCAGCAAUGAUGCGCUAUGCAAGUGAACCACAUGCCAAGAAUGAGACUCAUGAGGUCAUCAAGUACUUAGAAUUCUGUGUUCACAAUUUGCAUAAUGAGGAUCACGGGGUUCAUAAUUUGCUACUUUCAUUGUAUGCCAAGCAGGAUGAUGAGAGUGCAUUGGUACGAUUCUUUCAAUUCAAGUUUGGCAAAGGACGAACAAACGGUCCAGAGUUUUUCUAUGAUCCCAAAUAUGCUCUCCGGCUAUGUCUAAAGGAAAAGAAAAUCCGUGCAUGUAUUCAUAUUUAUAGUAUGAUGUCCAUGCAUGAAGAAGCUGUGGCCCUUGCAUUGCAGGUAGACACAGAGCUUGCGAUGGCAGAAGCUGAUAAAGUUGAAGACGAUGAAGAUUUGAGGAAGAAGCUAUGGCUUAUGGUUGCAAAACAUGUAAUUGAGCAAGAGAAAGGAGUUAAAAGGGAGAAUAUAAGAAAAGCUAUAGCAUUUCUCAAGGAAACUGAUGGACUUCUGAAAAUUGAGGAUAUUCUCCCAUUCUUUCCAGACUUUGCCCUUAUCGAUGACUUCAAAGAAGCAAUCUGUUCUUCAUUGGAAGAUUACAACAAGCAAAUCGAACAAUUGAAACAAGAAAUGAAUGAUGCUACUCAUGGAGCUGACAACAUACGGAGUGAUAUUAGUGCCCUUGCCCAAAGAUAUGCUGUAAUUGAUCGUGAUGAAGAAUGUGGGGUUUGUAAAAGGAAAAUAUUAACGGCUGGAGGGGCACCUCUUCUAGCUAGGGGUUAUACAUCAACUGGACCUAUGGCCCCCUUCUUUAUUUUCCCGUGUGGUCAUUCCUUUCAUGCAAAUUGUCUGAUUGCUCAUGUGACUCGCUGCACAAGUCGCACCCGAGCUGAAUACAUACUGGACCUUCAGAAGAAGCUCAGCUUACUCGCAGAUAAGGCCACAAAUGAAUCAAACGGCACUGCAGAAGAUGAAUCCAUCACUAGCAUGACACCUCUUGAAAAGCUUCGAUCACAACUUGAUGAUGCUAUAGCUAGUGAGUGUCCCUUCUGUGGUGACCUGAUGAUCAGAGAGAUCUCAUUGCCUUUUGUUCUGCACGAAGAUGCAGAGGAAAUAGCUUCUUGGGAGAUCAAGCCUCAUGUGACAAGUCAGAAAAUUCUACCUAUGACCAUAUGAUGCCUGGUUCUUUGCUCAUUCAAAAUUGUACGUAGUCUAUGUUUCCUCCUGACAUGAAUGCGAAGCAGCUAUUGACGUGGAUUACAUAGAUUUACUGUAUCUACCUGCAAUCUACUGUAUAAAGCCGAGCAAUCUUUGAUACUCGACAGUUGUUUUUUUUUGUUAUUUAUUAUGUAUUUCUGAUCGAAGUGAUUAUUUUGCCUUUUACAAUUUUGUUAAACUUUUGUAUCUAGUUCUUGAUGAACAACUGGAAAUAAAGAUUUUAUUUUAUUUUUCU